GUGACGACGCUGUCAAAAGACGGGUCAACAACGGCGGAGCAGCGGUGCCUGCGUGAACGUUCGUGGUGGAGUAGGCAAACCAACGACUUGACCGCCGCGUGAGAAGAUCCACGACUUGUCGCCACGAGCAGCUGGCCGCCUGAAGACGGCGACGCGACGGAAUUGAGCAACGUUUGGAAAGGACCAAACAUUCGAUAAAGAGAGCGCGGCGGAAACCGCUUUAAAACAAACACGCGUCCUGCGUGAAGGGUCAUACCGGCCGCGACAGCGGAAUUUAUCGGGUGAUUCAAGACCGAAAUCGAGCAGACAUUCUGGGUAUGCAAAGUCGUCAAAAUGAAGUUCCAUGAAACCGAGGUGAUUUUUCCGGAAGCUGCGUUGACACCGACGCAGAGACGAUGCCGAACGGUGAUCGCGAUCCACCGGGCGUGAGCGAGCGCGGCCCCCGAUAUUUCAUGAGCGGAGGACGUUGAAGCACAUCUGCCGGCGCCGAUGGACCUCGUCACACAUGGGGCUCAAUAUCAGCAAGAUGUGGUUACUGUUGCUCGCUUCUGCCAUGCCGGGAACAAACAGCAAAAUACUCAUGGACACCUACACAAAAUGGAUGCUCUACAGCAUGGAGUGCAAAAACAAAAUGGAGGUUCAGCCGCAUCCGGAUGCAGGCCUCUUCUGCAAUCGCUCAUUCGACCAGUAUGCAUGCUGGCCAGAUGGGCAGCCCGAUUCUCUGGUCAACGUGUCCUGUCCCCCAUUCAUGCCUUGGUUUGAAAAAGUGCGAGGCGGGCUGGCGUUCCGGAGGUGCGGCGCGGACGGGCAGUGGGUGGUGGACGGGGAUGGCCUGCCCUGGAGGGACAUCUCGCAGUGCCAGGACGAGACGCCCAAAGACAACGGGACGCGGAGGCUGCUCGAGGGCUUCAAGAAGAUGUACACGGUCGGCUACUCGCUCUCGCUCGCCGCCCUCGUGCUCGCACUCGCCACCUUCCUGAUGUUCAGGAGGCUACACUGCACCCGCAACUACAUCCACAUGAACCUGUUCGGGUCGUUCAUCCUUCGAGCCAUGUCCAUCCUGGUGAAAGAUGCCCUCCUGGAGACGCACUGGGAGGUGGACCCGAGCAACGCCACCGAAUGGGGAGCUUUCCUGAGUGCAGAGGCAGCCGUGAGUUGCCGCACCGCCCAGGUGCUCAUGCAGUACUGCAUCGUGGCCAACUACUGCUGGCUGCUCGUCGAGGGUCUCUACCUGCACACGCUGCUCUCGGUCACCGUCUUCUCCGAGGAGGCCCACUUCCGCCUCUACCUGCUCAUCGGCUGGGGCACGCCAGUGAUCUUCGUAACGCCUUGGGUCGCCAUGAAAUUCCUGAGAGAAAACAGCGAGUGUUGGAGCCAGAACAACAACUUGAGUUACUGGUGGAUCAUACGUUCUGCCAUUCUCUUGGCCAACGUGAUAAACUUUGUGAUUUUCAUAAGAAUUCUCAAGAUUCUCAUCUCCAAGCUGAGGGCGCAUCAGAUGGGGUACACCGACUACAAAUUUCGGUUGGCCAAAUCGACGCUCACCCUCAUCCCGCUGCUGGGCAUCCACGAAGUGGUGGUGGCGCUCAUCACCGACGAGCAGGCGCGGGGAGCUCUGCGGAUUCUCCGGCUCUUUUACCUGCUCUUCCUCAACUCCUUCCAGGGUCUUCUCGUCGCCAUUCUUUACUGCUUCGUCACAAGAGAGGUUCAGGCCGAAGUCCGCAAGCGCUGGCACCGGUGGCGGCUGGGCCAAGACCUGCAAGGGCGCCACAUGUACAUCAGCGUCACGCGCCUGCGCCCCUCCAUCGGCCGCGCGGGCAACGGCGACGCCGGCGAGAAGCGGGACGACGGCUCGCCACCCUUCGGUGCGGGGCUGGAGGCGGCGGCGGCGGUGGCGGGGAGUGGGACGGCGGAGACGUUGGGGGAAGCUGCGGCUGGAGGUGGAUUUUUGCCUCUGAGGCAGGUGGUCUGCGGGCGCGCUUUCCUCGACGAGCGGAAGACGGAGAGCGAUUCCGGGGGGACUCUCACUGACGGCGACCUCGCGCCGGCGCUGGUGACGGAAACGCGGCCGUAGUGACCCCCUUUGUGUCGAGGUUCAC